AGCCAGCAUUCUUGUUGCUGAUGCUGGGUGAUCUGCAGUGUUUUUCUCAGGCCUGAUCAUAGACAGCUUGCCCUCUUAAGCUAGUGUUUUUUCAAUACCUAAAAGCUCAAGUAGGCUAUUUCUGGAGACAUCUUUUUAACAGGGCCCGUAACUAACAGAAUAUGCCAUUCUUAUUAUGUGAGUGACCACGUCUUUGCCUUGACAACAAUCUGCAGCCGUAAAGCGAAUUGAAUUCUCAAACAAGAAAAUUGGUGACAGCUAUCAUUGCAUAUAUUGUUUACUGUAAUAUAUGGGAUUCUUCCAUGGAAACCACGGAAAUGGUAUUUGCCUGGUCUAACAGUAAAUAAUGAGAUAGACCACAAUGGAUUUUAGUACCUCAUCAGUGUUUGAUCAGCACAAAGGUGAUUCAGCAGAAGAAAUUGACCUGACUGUGGUUUACCAAGCAGCUGCCAAUGGCGACGUCAACACACUGACUGCAGUGAUUCGUGAAGAUCCUUCAAUAUUAGAAUGCUGUGACAGCGAGGGUUGUACCCCCUUGAUGCAUGCUGUUUCAGGACGCCAAGUCGAUACAGUGAAAUUGCUGUUGAAGAUGGGAGCAAAUAUUAAUACUCAAGAUGCCUGUGGACGCACCAGUUUAUCUCUUGCAACGUAUAUGGGGUGGCUUGAAGGCUGUGUCAGUCUGCUCCGAAAUGGUGCCAAGCAGAACAUACCUGAUAAAAAUGGGAGACUGCCACUGCAUGCUGCUACCGCAGAGCCUGAUGUGAGGCUUCUAGCAGUGCUGCUACAGCAAUCGCAUCUAAGUGACAUUAAUCAUCGGGACAAUGAGGGAAUGACCGCACUUCACUGGGCUGCUUUCCACAAUCGGCCCCAGCAUGUGCAAACCCUGCUGCAGAAAGGAGCAGAUCCAACUCUGGUGGACAAAGACUUUAAAACAGCUCUUCACUGGGCAGUGCAAAGUGGAAACAGGAUUCUGUGUUCCAUCAUUCUGAACCAUCACCAGGGUCCAUCGAUAAUAAACUAUGACGAUGAGAAUGGGAAGACGUGCAUGCACAUUGCCGCUGCUGCAGGUUACAGUGACAUUAUCAGUGAGCUGGCUAGAGUCCCAGAGUGCAAUCUGCAGGCCCUUGAUGUGGAUGACAGGACGCCUCUGCACUGGGCUGCAGCAGCCGGGAAAGCUGACUGUGUCCAGACGCUGCUGCAGCUGGGGAUAGAUAGCAGCUCUCGGGACAUCAACGAAAACACUCCUCUGACAUAUGCAAUGUACUGUGGGCACACAGCAUGCAUCAAGCUGCUCUCUCAGGAGAACAGUAGAUUGGAGCCAGUCCAUCACCCUCCGUCACAGAACAAUAAAAUCCUAAAGAAGGAAGGAAGAUUCAGUAUGCUUAACCAAAUCUUCUCCUGCAAAAAGAAGAAAGAUGAUCAAAAAACAAACCAGAAAGACAGAGGCAGAGACAGAUAUCAAAAGGAAGAGACCUCAGAAGUUGAUGACAUUAUCACUACGUUUGAUUGCAUUAUGGACACAAACUGUAAAGACAACUCCGAGGAAUGUAUGACCGCUGUUGACUUUAAAAGAAGGAGCACAGACACCCAGAAGUACCUCAUAUCAGAAAAGAAGCAGCCAGAGUGUAAUGGACUUCCUCCAAUAAGAACACAAAGUCUCCCCCCCAUUACUAUAGGCAAUUCUUUUCUAACAACUUCCCAGAGUGCAACUUCAAGUGUCUCCUUGGACAGUAAUGCCUAUCAUUUUGCACACCAGUCUCAGAAAAGUAGAAGUGAACAUGACUUGCUAGAUCACAGAAGUAGCUGCCAGACUUUAUCAGACAAUCCUUGGAACACAGAUGCUAACCAAAUACUCUCGUAUAAAGUCUGUACUGCAACUUCUUCAGAUAAACUGAUAGAUGGUUUGCUCUCUGAAAGAUCCAGCCAUGUGCUUUUGUGCCCUCCCCACCUUCCCUAUCUGCCUAGUUCUCCAUCAGGGAAAAGUUUUCAACAGAUGUUCCUAGACCGACCCAAAGUAAAAGACCUUACUCCUGUACGGAACAAUCUAGCUCCCAUACCAGACCACUGUGUUCAGAAAAUCCAGCUACCACCUACUGAAGUUUCUCAGGGUGUCAAGAAGUCAAAGUCUCUGUCUUUAAACUCCUUAAGGACUGGCACAACUAUACUCCCACCAGCACUUACCUCCAAAACCCAGAGAGGAGGACUUUCUCAAAGUCAUUCACUGCAUUCCUUCUUACCUGUUCUAUCAGGGGAAUCUCUCAGAACAAGCCGUGUCCUGCCUGCUAUCCCGAGCCAGAAGGAGUCCACUCUCACAGUGGAAUACUUUAAGAAAUCUUCCAGCAAAUCAGACAGUGAAAAUUAGGUCAUCUUGCUGGCCUCAAACACAUAGAUGGAAAUAUUUCUAAGCUUUUUAUUACAAGAUUACUAUAUGGUAGAACCUCGUUAAUCCACACUAAUGAAAGCUGAUGUGAACUAGACUGUUAAUGAUUAAACAAUCUAAAAAGCAAGGAUACUGCAUCACACACAGAAUUUUGUGCAUUGUUUUGACAUUUUAAGUGUCGUUUUAAUUUAUGAUUAAUUUGAUAGUGAGUAGUAAAUAUAUUGUAGUAUAUUUUGUGAAAGGAGACCCUAAUAGCAGACAACCUUACUACAGCACUGUGCUAUUAAAUCUUUGCUGAGAAGUAGGGCUAGAAUGCCAGGAUUUGUGUGAUAAGUCAGAGUGUUUUGAUAAGUGAAACAUGAGUUUGUCAGGUUUUACUGUAGUUCACAAAGCAAAGGCUCUGAUGCUGAAAACCAAUUUUUUUAAAAACUAAAAUUCUGAACUCUAGAGAAACAUCAGUUUUGGUAAAUCAGCUGUUAUUUUCCAAUUUAUUUCUAACACAUUUUCUACACUGUGAAUUUGUGAUUUUUGUGAUCUCCACAUGCCAAAAAAAAUGUAAUACAAAAAACAAAUCUUUGCAGGACAGACAGGGACAUACCACAGGCCUUUCAAAAUGUUUGCUGAUUGUACAGAUUGAUUUAUGUAUCUGAUUUACUUAAUACUUUAUAUUCUUCAACAACAAGACACUAUUAUUUUCAUAUAACAAGGAUAAUUCAAUCAGA